GCGAAUCAUUGAGCGUACAGGCAAACAUGGCGUGGAGAUCGUCGAGUGGACUGUAUAAUAUUAUCAUUCAACGAUCUAAAUCAUGCCGCCUGUGUGAUGGCAGACAAAAUAUCACAAAUCCGUAUACAUUUUUUAAUAUUUUGAGACAUAACCGAGCUCAACGUUCACCACUGCAGCAUUCUUUUGCAAGAUAUGAAACCACGCGGGGAGUAAGUACAGGUUCUGGAUCGGGUUUGCCCCUCAACCCCAGCGGUAGGGAUUGUCAAGUGACUGAAGAUUCUUCUGCUGCUCCAACACCAAGUCCUAGACAGAUGACCAAACGUAAGCUGCAGGUAUCUAGUAGUGACGGACCGACAUUUCGUGAUUUCAUUGCCAAUAGUCACCGCCAAAAUACUGAAGUUGAAGUUCCAGUCAGAGAUGACUGCAUACCGUAUUUGUCAGAGGAUAUUGAAGAAGGUCGAUCCAGGAGAGUGUACUUUGAGACAUAUGGAUGCCAGAUGAAUGUGAGUGACACUGAGAUAGCAUGGGCCAUACUGGAGAAGAGUGGAUUCCAGAAAGUAGAGGAUAUAUCACACGCUGAUGUGAUUCUUGCCGUUACCUGUGCCAUCCGUGAGAACGCCGAGCAGAAGAUUUGGAACCGACUAAAGUAUUUCCAGUCCCUCAAGAACAACAGAAGGAAAGGAGAAGUCCCCCUCAAGAUUGGAUUACUGGGAUGUAUGGCAGAGAGACUGAAGAAGAAGCUUCUAGAACAGAGCAAGACGGUGGACAUCGUGGCCGGACCGGACGCCUACCGAGACCUCCCCAGACUCUUGAACGUGGCAGGGUCGGGUCAGACCGCCAUCAACGUCAUGCUGUCCAUGGACGAGACCUAUGCCGACGUCGUACCUGUGAGGCUGGAUAAGGAUUCCAAGUCCGCUUUUGUGUCAAUAAUGAGGGGCUGUGACAACAUGUGCAGCUAUUGCAUUGUGCCGUUCACACGUGGCAGAGAGAGGAGCCGUCCCAUUGAUUCCAUUGUGGAUGAGAUACGAGCCCUUUCAGAUCAGGGAGUGAAAGAAGUAACUGUGCUAGGUCAAAACGUCAACAGUUAUCGAGAUGUCUCCGAGGAGAGCUAUUACAGCAACUCUGCCAACGAGGGCAGUGCAGUCAGUGAACCGACGAGGUUGGCUCGAGGGUUCAAGUCCAUUUACAAGCCCAAGAAGGGAGGAAGACGGUUUGCGGACCUCCUGGAGAGGGUCGCCCUGGUUGACCCUGAGAUGAGGAUAAGGUUCACCUCUCCGCAUCCUAAAGAUUUCCCGGAUGAGGUUCUCUAUGCGAUCAGGGAUUUCCCAAAUAUCUGCAACCAACUUCACCUCCCUGCACAGAGUGGAAGUACCAAGGUUUUACAGCUAAUGCGGAGAGGGUACAGCAGAGAGGCCUAUCUAGAGCUGGUCGACCAUGUGCAAACCGCUAUACCCGGCGUGGCUCUGAGCAGUGAUUUCAUUGCGGGGUUCUGCGGGGAAACGGAGGAGGAUCAUGAAGAUACGAUGUCACUGCUUCGUCUUGUGAAGUACAACUAUGCUUUCUUGUUUGCGUACAGCAUGCGACAGAAAACACAUGCCUACCAUAAGAUGCAGGACGAUGUACCGGAGGAGGUGAAGCAAAGGAGACUGAGAGAAAUGAUAACAGUCUGCCGUGACGGCAUGGCUGAGAUCAACGCUACACAUGUAGGAGCUAAGCAGCUAGUGCUCUUGGAAGGGACGAGCAAGAGAUCGGAGAAGGACUUGGUUGGUCGCAACGAUGCCAACACAAGGGUGGUCAUCCCCAAUACACCCAUCCCAGCAUGCAAUGGACAUCACCAUGGCAACAACAACCAGUCUAUGAAACCAGGAGACUACAUUGCUGUAGAGAUCACAGAGUCAAACUCUCAGGUGUUGAAGGGAAGGCCUCUAUACCACACCACUCUAGCAGGUUUCUCAUUGAGUGACCUUGACCAUCAACAAAGGUCUCAAGUCCAGUAGCGAUGACUAUGACAGCUCUAAAGGCACCAAAUCUGAUUACUGGUAGUUUGGGUAUGGUCAGCACUGGUAAGUGCGGAAAGGCUUUAAGUCACAGCUGAAGCCUACCCUAGCAAGUUUGUCAACCACCCACCUUCAUCAGCAGCAAAGGUCUCCAGUCACUCCAGUCAAGUUAGAAGAACUAUCACUUAGCUUAGUCUUGGUACCAAGUCCAGGACUUGUUCUGUGUAUACGUUCAGGAUGUUUUAGGUGCAGAAAGGGUUCUGACUGAGGACUCUUUAACUCAUAUCCUGCCAUAAGGCCGCAUGAACGCUACCGUUAUAGUGCUUUGUACACGCGAGCGCGCUAUCGAUUGGCUGCUUAAUUCACGCGAGCGAGCCACAGCUUAGCUGCUUUAUGCAUGCAUGCUCGCAUUCGUAGUUGCAGUUAUUGUUCAUGCUCCUUGUACUGAGCUGAGUGCUUUGCCCGCGCUUUUGAUCGCACCAUCAGAUUAUCUCAAAAUAAACUUGGCACAGGGGGAUUAGCCCUGUGGCACUGGGCUGUAUUCAUUAUGGCAGGAUAAGAGUUAAGUGCACAACGUCACAUCAGAAACCUAGGCUUGCAGGUUUCUUUCCCAGCCAGCCACCGCUAUCUUCAAGACAAGUCCCAAAUACAGGAGAAGGAAGCAUGGCAGCUCCAAAGGUACAGUCUGAAGACUAGAAAUUUGUACAUGUAUUGAUAUAUGGCAAGCACUCGUCAGUGCAGAAGGAGUGUAAGUCACGGCAGAACUCAACCGAGCAUGUUUCUCAUCCAGUCACCAUAAUAAUCAACUAAGGUCUCAAGUCCAAUAGAAAGAACUAUGGCAAUCCCAAAGGCACCAGGUCCAUGAACUAGCAGUUUGUGUAUGGUCGACUCUCAUCAGUGCAGAGAGGUUUAAGUCUUAGGUCUGUCAAGUUCUAGAACUCCUUCAAUGGCUGAAGAGCACAUCUAUGUAUGAGGCAUGAUGGCUUAGUGGUGGAGCAGGGGUUUCAUAACU